GAUAGUAACACUCAAAGUACAAACAACGAGGAGAUGACUUCUGUAGCAGUGGUCUGAACCAGCCGAAUCUCACACGGUCUAGUUAGAGAAGGAGACCUGCGCCGUGCGUCGGAAUUUCAGCUACCCCCUGAGGGGGGUGGGGGUGUUUGCUUUACCUGGCCAGCCUGAGACGCAGAGCUGAUGGAGAGAGGCUGGGCUGAGUGCGGUGCCACUCUAGAGCGCUGUUGAACAGAGAGCUUCAUUCAGCUCAUAGACUCUGCUGAAGGGGAGCGGUCUUUUUCACCGACCUGUGUGAUUCUUGUGUGCUUUUAGGAGUAAUUCGAGGGCUAUUUUAGACGCAACAAACCGUGCGGUUUGUUAAGAAGAGACCGAAACCAUCUGUGAUUUUUUAUUGUGUGUCUCUUAGACGCAGCAUGGGGAUGUAACUGGGUUCAUCAUGCAUCUGGAAGUGGCGUGAGGUUACCACCAGCCCGAGAAGAGCAAACUGCUGGGGCGUGUGGUUAAUUGAAAUUGAUCCGGUGGUCUUUAUUUUUUAUUUUUUAAUUUAUUUAUUUUUGGAUGUGAAGCUGUAGCAGAGGUUCUUUCUCCUCUCCUCUCCUCCUCCCCAUUCCUCUCACCUCCAACAUGACUUCACUGUCGGGGACUAAGGAGAGGUCUGUGAGCAGCCGGAGCAGAAAAUAUGGGGUCCCUGACACAUCGCCGACCAAAUCUUCCUCCUUCUUCCCGGACACAUGGUACCGAAAAGCCUAUGAUGAGACCACCCGCUCCGGUACACGCCCCGCCCCGGAGGGUGCUGGCUCCAUGCCCAGCUCCACGGGAACACCAUCCCCAGGCUCAGGAAUCUCCUCACCAGGAUCCUUCUCUGGGUCACCUGGGACCAUCUCCCCAGGCAUUGGGACAGGAUCACCCGGUUCGCUAGGUGGCUCACCAGGUUUUGGGACAGGAUCGCCGGCCUCAGGCAGUGGAAGUUCCCCUGGAAGUGAAAGAGGGAUAUGGUGUGAGAACUGCAAUGCAAGGCUGACAGAGCUGAAACGACAGGCACUAAAACUGCUCAUCCCUGGACCUUAUUCCAGCAAGGAUCCCUCAUUCUCGCUCCUUCUCCAUGAUAAACUUCAGGUGCCCAACAGUUCUCGCCGGGCGUGGAACGAGCGUGACAGUCGAUGCGAUGUCUGCGCCACCCACCUUACUCAGCUCAAACAGGAAGCUGUGCGGAUGGUUCUGACUCUCGACCAGUGGGAUUUAUCUCCAGCCUCUUCCCCUCCAGCCCUGAGUGGACGAUAUGGGUCUCAAGCACCUCCGGGUCCGUCAUCAGGAGCACCAGGAGGGCCUCUGUCACGUGAAUGGCCUCCCUUUCUCCCUUCCUCUUCCUCCCCCUCAGCUGCUGCUGCUGCUGCUUCUCAGCCUGCCCACACAUCCUCUCAAUCCCCUUCUCCGGUUCCCAGCCAGACCCCAACACCAAGCCCUAGCCAUGGAUCAUGCAGUCCGCAAUCUCAAGGUGCAGGGCAUAGACUGGGGUCCAAGCCCAGCUCUCUGGGCCUCGGAGGUGGAGUGGACAGAAGAAACGGGUCCCCUAGUUCAGGAAAGACAUCUGGUGGGCAGCAGCAGCCAGUGACUGGAGUAAACAGCCCUGGAAAUAAUGGUGGUAGCAGCAGUAAUAAUGGGACUGGAGCAGUACUGAGCACGGCAGCUCUGCAGGCACAUCAGCACCUGAACAGAACGAAUGGAGGAGUCACACUCUAUCCAUAUCAGAUCUCCCAGAUGAUCUCAGAAGUCUCCAGAGAGGGAAUUACCGAAGCUGCCCUGAACCGCUACAACACACACUCGCCCUCACACACAAAUUCAUCAUCACAUACAAACUCUCCCUCUCACACUCCAGCUGCAACCACCACAGCAGCGACUGCCACCUCCGCCGCUGCCUCUUUCUUUGCCAGAGCUGCUCAGAAGUUGAGCUUAGCGUCCAAAAAGAAGAAGCAGAAGACGGCUGCGCUCACAGCUACAGUGACAUCAUCGCCAUCAUGUGACCCACCCCUAUUUCCCACCAAUUUUAGCUCCACCCUGUUGAUGGCUCCUCCCCCAGCUCCACCUUGUCUCCUCCGUGCAGCAAACAAAAUCAAAGAUACUCCUGGACUUGGAAAGGUGAAAGUGAUGGUGAGAGUUUGCCCGGUGUCUCAGUCUGAUGCAGCCGAGUCCAGUUCCUUUCUCAAAGUGGAUCCCAGGAAGAAACAAAUCACCAUCAUGGACCCAUCAGCAAAUCAGACGCAAAGUGCUGCCUCUCAGAAAAGGGCCGGAGCCAAUCAGGUCCCACCAAAGAUGUUCACUUUUGAUGCAGCGUUCCCUCCUGAUGCAUCACAGGCGGAAGUGUGUGCAGGAACAGUUGCUGAGGUCAUUCAGUCGGUAGUGAACGGAGCAGAUGGCUGUGUCUUCUGCUUUGGACACUCUAAACUGGGUAAAUCUUACACGAUGAUCGGCCGCGAUGACUCUCUUCAGACUCUGGGUAUAAUCCCCUGUGCCAUUUCCUGGUUGUUUAAGCUCAUCAACGAGCGAAAAGAGAAAACUGGUGCACGCUUCUCCGUCCGCGUCUCUGCAGUUGAGGUUUGGGGAAAAGAGGAGAACCUUAAAGACUUGUUAUCUGAAGUGGCUACAGGCAGCUUACAGGAUGGGCAGUCACCUGGGGUCUACCUGUGUGAGGACCCCAUUUGUGGCAUGCAGCUGCAGAACCAGUCUGAGCUCCGCGCUCCAACACCAGAAAAGGCAGCCUGGUUCCUGGAUGCAGCCAUAGCAGCUCGCCAUAGUAGCCAACGCUCCAACACCACUGAAGAAGAGCACAGGAAUUCACAUAUGCUCUUUACAUUACACAUAUAUCAGUAUCGCAUGGAAAAGACGGGAAAAGGAGGAAUGUCAGGAGGUCGCAGUCGCCUCCACCUGCUGGACCUGGGCAGCUGUGAUGUUAAAGUACUCGGAGGAGGAGGAGGUGGGAAAAGCAGGGAGAACUCUUCACCCAGCUCGGCUCCUCUGUGCCUUUCGCUGUCUGCACUCGGCAAUGUGAUUCUGGCCCUGGUCAAUGGAAGCAAACACAUCCCAUAUAAGGACAGAAAGCUGACCAUGUUGCUAAGGGAGUCGCUAGGCAACAUGAACUGCCGGACCACCAUGAUUGCUCACAUCUCUGCCUCACCUAGAGAUUUCUCAGAAACCCUCUCCACUAUUCAGAUUGCUUCCCGGGUGCUCCGCAUGAAAAAGAAGAAAACUAAAGUCACAGUGCAAUACACAUCCAGCUCCUCUGGGGGAGAAAGCUCCUGCGAGGAGGGUCGCAUGCGUCGUCCGACCCACCUGCGACCUUUCCAUCACCGUGGUGACCCUGACUCUGACCUUCCGCUGCUGCGACUCUCCAGUGACCCCGACGAAUACUCCAGCAGCGAGCAGUCAUGCGACACAGUCAUCUACGUGGGUCCGAAUGGAGCAGCUGUGUCAGACAGAGAGCUAACGGACAAUGAGGGACCCCCAGAAUUUGUACCAAUUAUUCCUGCGUUGCUUCGAGGUAAAACUUCAGAGCAAAGCCAAAAUCAGGCAGCAGGGGCACAGAACAAGGUGCAGUCUCAGCCAGACGAGCAGCCCAGUGGCCCCUCACAACCUUUGUCUCAAGCCUCUCAGUCUCUACUUGGUCAGCCGCUGGCUCCUGUCCCAGAGGAAGGAGCUGAAUGCCUGAAGUGCAACACCUUUGCUGAGCUGCAGGAGAGAUUGGACUGCAUCGAUGGCAGCGAGGAGGUGGCAAAGUUUCCCUUUGAAGAGGCUCCAGCUAUCAAACAAGGGGUCAAACAAGAGGCAUGUCCAUCUUCAUCUGUUCCAGCUGCUGCUCCUGCUCCAGCCCCUCCAGCUGUGUUGGAUACAGAAGCCAAAACAGAACCUGCGUGUGAUGUAGGAGGGGCUGUGCAGGUGUCCAGGAGGAGGACCAAUGACCAGCAGCUGCAGGAGAUCAAGGAGGUGGUGGAGGAGGCUGAGCUGGCCCAGACAAUGAUCCACAGCUUGACUCAGAGUUCUGGCUGCCCAACAGUUACGAGUACCAGAAGCAUUACAGGAAGCAGCAGCAUCACCUCUAACCCACUGCACAGAGCCAAGAACUCCCACCUACAUGACAGUCAUGAGAAUCUGAAUGUGGCGGGCGGCAAUUGUGAGGGGAAGUCACGACCUCUAGGAUCACCACGUCUUGGAAUUGCCAGCCUGACCAAAACCUCAGAGUACAGGCCUCCAUCAUCCCCAUCCCAGCGGUGCAAAGUGUAUACCCAAAAGGGUGUCAUUCCAGCAAUGCAGCCUGUAUCCUCAAACACUCAGGAAGGCCAGGCCCCGGAUGCUUUGACGUCAGACAACAGUUUGGCUGCAGACAGUGGUCGUUCCUCCACAGAGUCCCUGCUGUCCAGGAGUUCUCCUGCAGGGAUGAGCCCACAAGUCCGUGAGCCAACUCCAUCGUUAUCUGCCAGCCUGGGCUCAGCUGAGACGCUCUGCGAUGAUGAUGUACCACCAAUACCUUUGGAUAGCAAGGAUGGAGUCUCAGGUUCAGCAGCAUCUGCAGUAACACUUGGACCUCUUGUACUUGGGGAUGAUGAACUGGUGUACACUGUGGUUACUGGAGGUGAGGAGGACCUUGACAUUACUGCUCUCAUUGAGAAUGAAGGCUUGGCUGGUCGUCCAGUAAGCAUCAUCAGCUUCAACAGUGACUGUGGCUCUGCAGCUGCCCUCGCUACUGGCUCUCAACCCAUUUGUACUGCUUUAGAUGGAGUUGUGGAGGAUCACAUGCUUGUAGGUCCUGCAGCAUCUUCGGGGGUUUCAGAUGUUGUUGCCAUGGCAGAGGUGGCAAUGGCCAAGCUGCGGACAGAAGGUGAAUCCUUAGCCACAGGAAUGUCAAACUGUGGUUCACCCAACUCUUCCUGGGUGAGUGAUCUGAGCGCGGGCAGCGAAGCUGAUCAGUCUCUUCAUAGCUUCAGCCAGUCCCAGAGCCAGCAAGGGGAGGCACUGGCUGAUCCUGAUCCCAACUUUGGAAUCGAGACGCUGGAUGGUUAUGAAAAUGGUGGUACCCCAAGAAGAGGGAGUCUGGAAGGAGAAAUGGUUCUGUCAGAGAACCAGAGUGAUAAGGGUACUCCAACUAAAGAAAGGCUGAGAAAACUGCCUCCUUCCAUGGCUAAAACUAACAUACAAAUUCUGGCAGGACCUGGCAACAUGGCUCCUUUCAAGACCAACAUCCUUGUUCACCCAUGUGCAGCUGUCAAACCCAUGGUUGUCCAGGAAGCCACCAUCCUCUCCUCACCUACAAAGGCCAACUUUAUGAAAGAUCCAGUCAAAUCCAGUGCAGCAUUUAUAGCAUCUAUUUCAAGUGAGAUGAGCUUUGAAGACCCCUGGCUGAAACGUGGUACAGAAGAAGGAAAGUCCAAGGAACUAGUGUGUGAAAGGAAACUGGAGAAGAGGGAGGCAGAGCAUUCGAAGGGCCACUCAAUAGAUAAGGCAAAUGGUGGGGGUGGUGAUCGUGGCAGUUCAAGUUCAGGUGGUGAGGUGGUGUCAUCGCCAGACUCUUUUAAGCGAGUGGUGGAUGGUUGUGAGAUGGUGGCUGUUGUUGCCCAAGGUGAAUGCUUGACUAGUAUUUAUAACCCAGAUAUCCACCGUACCGCUAGUCUACCACGCGGAUGGCACCGUGUCAACCGCCAUGACGGCUUAGACAAUGGAAGCGAGUACCGUAAUCUUGGAGUCACCACUUCAACUCCUUGUAGUCCCCGUGCCACACUUGAUCGCUGGGGAUCCAAUGGAAAGCAGGGCUUUUUCUCUCAUAAAAAAGGGGGAAUCCCACCGCUGCCGCCUGUACGAAAGUCCAGUCUAGACCAGCGGAACAGGGCAGCCAGCCCUCUCCAGCAAACCACACAUGGAGUCUCAUCGCAGGGGAACUCGGCAGAUGAUGCAGGGGUAUCUGGCUGUGGCCCUGCAGGAGUAACUCGACAGCGAGGCUCCAGCAUAGACAGUAGUAGGCUUUUCAGUGCCAAGUUGGAGCAGCUUGCCAACAGAACCAACUCUCUGGGCCGAGUCCACAGCUCACACAGUGGUUCCCAUCAUUAUGACUGCUUUUCCUUGGAGAGAGGUGAGAGUCUUAGAGGGGGAGGGGGAGUGAAGGGAGACAGCACCAUGCCUCGCACUGGACGCAGCCUCAACCGUGCUGGAUCACUAUCUUCUUCUUCUGGAAACACCAGCAGCCUUUUUAGUGGCAGUACCAGUCCAAACAGCGCUCCACAGUCACCAGCUAAGACCAGCAGCCAGUCAAAGAUAUCAGCAGUUAGUAAGCUGCUGAUGACCAGCAGUCCCAAGGCCAGGAGUCUGUCUGCCUCCAGCACCAAGACUCUGAGCUUCUCUACUAAGUCUUUAAGCCAAAGCUCCAGCCGGAGCUCCAGCCUUCCUCCUAAUGGAAAGCCCCAGAGUUCAGUCCCGGCCCCUGUGCAGCAGCAGGGACCUGCCCCUGGGUCCUGGUCUACCCAGUCUCUGAGUCGAAGUCGAGGGGGAAGUCUGGCUGCUAAGCUUCCUCUCCGAGCUGUUAACGGUCGAAUCUCAGAGCUACUCCAGGGGAGUGCUGGCUCCCGUUCCAGGAGUCAUGUUCAGGGAGGAGGCACAGAUCCAACAGAGGAAAGAGGGACAAGUGGAGGAGGAGGUGGAGGAGGAGGUGGAGCAGGAGGCGGUGGGGGAGAUAGCCUGGGAGAGGAGAGGGCAGCAGUGGUACAAACACUGCCUUCUCCCUACAGCAAGAUUACAGCUCCCAGAAAACCACACCGCUGCAGUAGCGGCCAUGCUAGUGACAACAGCAGUGUGUUGAGUGGUGAGCUCCCUCCGGCAAUGGGGAAGACGGCUUUGUUUUACCACAGUGGAGGCAGCAGUGGGUAUGAGAGCAUGCUGAGAGACAGCAGUGAGAACACAGGAAGUACCUCCUCUGCUCAGGACUCCCUCAGUGAGCACAGCUCAGCCACCACCUCCUCCCGACGGAGCUCCAGAAGCAGCAAGAAGAGCAGGAGCAACACAGGUCUCCAGCGUCGACGUCUGAUCCCAGCACUAACCUUGGACUCCUCUUCAUCAUCGCCUUCUCACCGUUCCUCCAAACAAGCCAUCACGUCCUCGUCUUCCUCCUCCUCCAGCCCUGGUGCAUGCUGGGUCGACGGGCCACUUGGGCCACCUGCACCCUCAAACCUCCGGGCAGUGACCGCAACAACAGAAACCUUUGAGAUCAAGGUGUACGAGAUAGAUGAUGUUGAACGGCUGCAGAAAAGGAAGGACAAAGGAGGGAGCAAGGAGGUGGUGUAUGUCAGUGCCAAGCUUCGUCUGUUGGAGCACCGCCAGCAGCGAAUCAGUGAAGUCAGAGCCAAGUACCAGUGUCUCAAGAAAGAACUGGAACAAACCAAACAGUACUUGAUGCUGGAGCCACACAAGUGGACCACUGAGUUUGAGCUGCAGCAGGCCUAUGAAGUGGACUCAUUGGAGUAUUUGGAGGCUCUGGAAACAGUGACAGACAAACUGGAGACCAGAGUCAACUUCUGCAAAGCCCAUCUUAUGAUGAUCACCUGCUUUGAUGUGUCCUCAAGGCAUCAGUAGACAGAUGGAGGCGGAGAAGUGGCCUCGACGAUGUCAAUGUCUAGACCAUUCCCCUGACUAAUCAAACACAUUUAGAAAAUCUUUAACUGCAGCUCGACAGUUGGAAGGAUGAACACAGGAAUAGACCGACCGCAUGAUCCUGCAUAUUAUUCCAGCGUCUUGUCCAGAUGUGAGUAAGCAGAAGGCCAGGUGGCCGGAAAAAUCAAAAGAAGAUUUACGGAGAAAAAUUAACAGAAAAACAGACAAGAUUUGUAGAUUUGUUUGCUGGGGCUUGGAAACAACCUCAGAAACUAUCUAAUGGACGGGCUACUUUCAAUCAGAGAAAAUAUGGCUGCCCAAAUAGUGUAUGAGAGUCUAAAAAGACAUGUCAAACCAAGUAACCAGAGAACAAAAUAAUUGGACCGCAGUGACACGCAGUGAGUCAAACUUUGAAAGAAUGUACCGAGAGCAAAAAAAAAGGCUAUAGCUGAACAAAAACUGCCAUUUUGUAAGAAGGAGAAAGCUGAAGUUGAAGUGCAAGAGAAGAAUAAUUUCACAUCUAACACAUUUUGGAAGAACAUUUUUUACAUGGUUAAAAGCCUUUGGCUGUAAAUACGGAGUGCUGACUACAGAGUGGCCUGGUAUUGUUGUGCAGCGACUAAAAGAGACUAACCGAGAGAGAAUGACAAGAGGACGAAGGAAACGAUUUAGAAGUGCCUUGUGAACAUUUCAACAAUACCAAGACCAAGUCUCCUUCUCUCUAAAUUUGUGUACAAGUAAGUAUGGUGCUAGUAUAGAAACAUCCAGAAAAGAUCAGUGUCCUUGGAAGCAGUUUUCAUUUUCUUUUCUAAAUGUGAUGUUUUACUGUGGGUCAGUGUUUCACUAUAUGAUAAACAAACUAAUAAUGUGUGUUUCAAUGUAUGGUCUUUGGUACAUUGAUUAGAGAUCAGAGAAACAACGUUAAAGUGGACCUGUUAUGCUCUUUAUUUUUACUCUCGGACUCCACAGGAGCCGCUUUGCAUGAGCAACAGAUCAAAAUAAUCCUUAUUUAUUUUAUACUGGGCCUCAGUGAAGUGCUCUCAGUUGAUCCUCUGUGAAACACCAUUUUAGUUCUUCGUACUUAUUCCCAACAGGAAAAGCAUAAUAGGUCCCCUUUAAAGGAAAACUACAGAUUAACUUAAUUAAACUUGGAAGGACCAAAAACCUAAAGUUAAAAGCAUUAAACAUUUUUCCCGGACACAAAGUUAUGUGUGUUUAAACAAAAACACUGAAUCUGGUAUCCUGUGGUGUCGUUUUUACUUUGGCUUUACUCACAAACGGAGCACAUGUGACUCUUGGCCCUCCGGGGCAUUCAUACACGAUGUUUCCCUCGAUAGAAAUUUUUAAUGUUCACAAAGCUAUGAAAUGUCAGAAGGUAGUAGAGGUGAAAACACUUCUCUCUGAUCUGGUGUUAAAUACAACCAACGACUGACUCCCUGCCUGACUCACAGGCAGUCUGUCUGUUAUUCGUAUCUGUGUUGUUCUGCUCUAUUCUAAAAGAAACUGAAUGAUUUGUCAUUGUGUGUGUUUUAUAAUAAGGUAUCCUUUUUUUAUUUGAGUGCAAUGGGACCAUGUAGAGACUAUGUACGAUAGUAGCAUUGAGCAGGAUAAUCGAAAUCUGGAGACAUAUUUAUAGAUAAAUUGUGAGGGACACGCAGGUGCGUCAAUAUACUGUGUUUAACAUUUAAUUAUAAUGAAACAAGGUAGUAGAUUUAAUCAAUAUUUUGGGACUACAGCUAUAGGGUGUUUAAACACUUUUAAUAUCCCCUAUAUUGUAAAGGACAAUUAAAUUAUAUAAAAAAAAUUAAAGGAACCUAAUUAAAAAGGGAGGAGACGAGCUUAAGACAUAGAUCUCUGCCUGGUUCCACUUUUUGGAUGGAUAGCAACUCCUAAGAUUUGUUAGUAUUAUUAUCUAUGGUGCUUGAGAUACUUAUGAUCUAAAUGUUUGUACAAAUAUAAAUAUACGAAAGAGUCCAUUUCCCCCUGAAACACAAAACAACGCCUUUCAAAUGCUUCUUCUACAUCACUGUCAUCGUGUCUGUUGUUGUCGAGCAGAGAGCAUUAUGGGAGAGCGACAUGAGAGCAGUGGAAAUGAUGUCACUGUAUUGGUGUAAUUUGUCAAAAGCGUUGUAGUGCUGAUUUUUUCCUCCACUAAGAGCAAAAAACCAGAACGUGCUGUCGCUGAAACAGAAAAUACAGUUAAUUCAGUGAAGUUUUUAUCUUCACGUGGAUCUGAAUCAGCUAAUGAUUUCAUGUAGUGCAUACUGGCGGGGAUAGCCAAGAGAUAAUCUAGUGAGAAAUUACCCCUGAGAGCAAGACGCUUUUGACAAACUUGAGAGGCUUUUUUUGUUUUUUAAGAGCAUCUCUGAUCAUUUCCUGUUUUUAUCCCCGUGUUCAUUGUGCAAGUCAUGAAUGAAAGUUUAUUUAUUUGAGUUGCUACUUAAUGUUCUUAUUUACGUACACCUCAUGAUCUUACAAAGUUACUAUGCAUUGAUGAAAAAGAAAAAUAACUGUACAUACUUUGCUGAGCCCAUGUCAUAUAUAAAUAUAUAUACUGUGCACAUAGCAUAUAUGCCAUCAUUUUUAUUUUAGAUAUUUUUUUUGUUGUUGGUUUCAUUUGCUCCUGUUGUUCCUCUUGAGGAUUUCAAUGGGUUUGGUUCCCCAAACAUUCACAUGCAGAACAGGGAUGCUAGUUGAUUACAUGCAAAUCAGAAGCCUUCCAGUAUGAAGGCAGCUGUGUUGCUUUAAGAGAAACGUCUGUGUCUUAUGAACUGCAGCCCUGUGUAAUUAGCAGCGAGUGUUUUGGGAAAUCUAACCUCUAAAUGAGCUAAUGGCUUGUAUUGAACUAUCCUUUUUAAGAUGCUAUGUGGGAGGUUUCUUCCUUGAUAUGUUACUGCCAAAUCUAAUGGGAUAUCCCUUUAUUAUUGUAGUAAUAAUCAAAAAUUGCUAGAAACUAUUACAGCUAAAAGAAUAGCGGGGUGUUUUAAAUCAAGUUAUUCACAGAUUUCCAUCUGCAAAGUCACUCUGCACAACAUAAGCAUCACAUGAUCUAUGGAAUAAACUGACAAAUAUGCUGUGCUGGUGCAUAUUUUGUAGACACAUUUAAGAAUUAUAAUGUGCUAUCUGUAAAUCUCAUACAAGGCAUCUUAGGGAGCAUUGUGUGUUAAAGUCCGGGUCAGACCACAUUUACCAAAAACAGAUGUUAUCAUUAGCAUUAGGAGUCAACUUCUGCUUUGCUCAGUUGUAAGACACAGGGUCAGUUGUUUGAAGAUCUCUGGAUAACUAAAAAUAAAAAAAUCACUUUUCUGUUCCAGUCUCUUGAUAAAAAUGCCAGUUGUGAGACAUAUUCAUGCUAAAUACCCUCAGUAAUUCUAUUUAAAACAACACAUUAUCAGUGUAAAUGUGGAACAAAUGGUGCACAGGAGUCUCGCUGUGCUCAUAUUGUCCACUGCAGAUUUACCGUUUUUGUGAAAUCUGGUCUGACAUAUGGUAAAGACGGAAGAAAAAGAUGGAGGGAUGUAAAUAAAGGAAUGUAUUAAAAGA